CGCCACUUUUCGUCGAGCUGUAUGAUGUGCCUUCCAGCAGUACUUAAUGGUACAUUUCUUUGCUGCCACCUACCACUCUCAGCCGCCAUGGAGAAAUAUCUCAUCUAUGACAGUGCACUGACUCGGGCCGAUCAUGUUAUUCUGAGGAAUCUUGCAAAGAGUAUCCGGACUUUCGAGAAGAAUAAACUCGACAUCUCUACUGGCAUCGCCAACUCCAGAUGUGCCAGUGACCCGGUCGCCAGAUUGCCAGCCGAUGGAAUCAGCGUUAGCCCGAAUGGUAUAUGCAACACCACGGGCACGGGCAAGAGUUUGGGCAAUGACGCUAGCGAUCUUACCGAAAUCAGAUCAUUCAACGAUCCUACACAUCAAGGCUUCGAGCCGAACGUAUUUUUGUCUUUAGAUCAUCAUUCUGCAUGCUUUCCUCCAACAGUUUGCGAAUAUGUGCUUCAGCCAUACAUCCGUUGGGCUCGACAGAUCAUCCGCCGAGAAACAGACAUCCCCAUGCUCACAUCUAAUUCUAUAUUCGAUAACCUCGGCACCAAGCGCACUUGUUCUCUACUGGCACUUCACAUACCUGCACGGCCUCUUUCAUAUUUUAAUGCAGCUAUACUACAUCGGCACUUACACACUCAUGAUGCAUCAACACAUCCACAUGCGCGGAAUUCUGGCGCGGAAAUACUCUCGAUUAGAUCACCUAUUUCCCUACUUCACUGACCCUUUGAUGGGUCAUACGUGGAACAGCUAUUUCUAUCAUCACGUCAAGCAUCACCAUGUGGAGGGCAACGGGCCGGAUGAUUUGUCCUCCACGAUAAGAUAUGACCGCGAUAAUGUUGUCCAUUUUCUCCACUAUGUUAGCCGCUUCUUCUUCCUGAUAUGGCUUGAUCUCCCCCUGUACUUCCUUCGCAAGGGUCAGCUUGUCAAGGCAGCCAGAGCCGCGGGAUCUGAAUUUCUGAGCUACGCAUUCUAUUGUAUGGUGGCUUUGGUCAAUGCUAAUGCGACAAUUUUUGUUUUUAUAUUGCCUCUAUUGUCAGUACGGCUUGGGUUAAUGAUCGGGAAUUGGGGCCAACAUGCCUUUGUGGAUCCAGACAGCCCGGAUUCGGACUUCCGAUCAAGUAUAACUCUGAUUGAUGUUACGAGUAAUAGAUUCUGCUUUAACGAUGGCUACCAUACAUCUCAUCAUCUCAACCCCAUGAGGCAUUGGCGCGAUCAUCCCAUUUCCUUCUUGGAACAGAAGAACAUCUAUGCGACAGAAGGAGCACUCGUGUUCCACAAUAUCGACUUUCUAAUGAUAACUUUUCGCCUUUUAUGCAAAGACUACCACCAUUUGGCCGAACGCCUUGUUCCAUUGGGUCAGCAAAUUGGCCUUACCAUGGGACAGAGAGUCCAGUUGUUGAGAAGGCAGACACGAAAAUUUACGGAAGUAGACAUUCAGCAAAAAUUUCAGAGACGAAAUGCAGGUUGUGGGUAAAUUCAAAGGUAUCUUGGGGAUCGCUACGCAUAGAAUUGGUAUAGCGCAUCAAACAGAUCAAACAAAUCAACUCAAAA